AUGCCUGGGUUCGCAGAUUCAUUCUGGACCCCCGACUACGCUACGGGCCUGGGGGUCCUCUAUGGAAAGCUACAGCAGGGCGUCGUGGAAAACAAACAGAUCCUCACCAUUGCGUCGAUGCGUGCCGAUGCUGAGGAGAUGUACAGCUUCAAAUUGGGGGAUAUUGCGCCGAGCGUGGACAGAUUAGUAGCAGGGUUUGCGAAAGAUGAUGGUGCCAGUGUGAGAAAGGCAUACGAAGGAUCCCGCACUGAAAUGAUCGAAGCCGCCAAGAAUCACCAGAAGAUUGCUUCGAAUAUCCGAGAACUCGUUGUUUCGCCGUUCAAGCGCUGGUGCGAUCAGCAUGAAGCUCGGAUCGAGAACUCUCACGACGACCUCCAGGCUCGUAUUAAGGAACACACCAAGCAGGUGGACUUGGUCAAGAAGCUGCGGAGCCACUACUUCAACAAGUGUCGUGUGCUUGAGGAUCUGGAGGAAGAGAAUAAGCUUGCAUUCCAGGGACCUGAAACUAGCCCCAAGAUCAAGCCAACCCCCAAGAUUGUUCUCCCGGAAGAUGAAGUGCCAGAGGACGAGCCGGUUGAGAUAGGCGACCGGGUUUAUGCACCGGAGGAUGUAAAGAAUCUCCUGGUACACAUGCUGGAUAACAUCAAGACUGGUGACGUCAAAGUUCCUAUUAUCGGCACAUACCAAAAUACAUCCACUGGCUCCGACAUUGUGGAAUACAGUCAGAAAUACCUCAAUGCUACCAGCAUAAGUUACGCGGAAAGGAUUGGUCAGGAUCUUGUGGACAAUGGAUUCCUUCGCUUGGUAGGAAACAUGGGCAGCACAUUUGCCAAUAGCUCCAAGAUGAAUUACCAAUGGCGUCCUAAAGUGUUUCAAGUAACUGGCAUUCCGGAGAAGAAGAAACCGUUGAUGCGCGUUACCUCGAUGGCUUCAAGUGAGGACGGAAGCGAAUCUCCGAUUGCAUCUGUGUCGGAGAUGCUGGCCGGUUGGAACCCUCUCAACAACCCACAUCCCAACGAGACGCCAGCGGAAAAACUCCGCAGAGAAUCGCGUGAAGCUGAUGAACGCUACAAGACCGCUGUGCGGAAACUUGACCUCAUAAGAUGCAAACUGGAGGAGGAGAUUGUUGCGAAUCUCCGGUUUAUGGAACAAUGUGAACUAGAUCGUCUCAAGGCGAUCAAGGCUGUAAUCCUUGAUUUCUCUGGAUCAAUCAGCAAUGUAAUUCCGAACCUACAGAGCACUGUAGACCACAUGAUGCUGUAUCAGGAGACUAUCCAACCUCUAGGAGAUCUCCGGUAUCUUCUCGAAAACUACAGAACUGGCUGUUUUGUUCCUCGUGUCCAGACAUAUGAAAACUAUUAUGGCUCAGUUGAAGAUCAAAUCUUUGGCGUUGAUCUCGAGGCUAAAGCAAGAGUUGAUCGCAAGCGUGUUCCUAUUAUUGUGACAACUAUUUUGACUUACCUGGACAACUGCUACCCCGAACUCGAGGGAGACGAGUCACGCCGCGCGAUUUGGCUUUAUGAUGUUCCUUUGGGCGCCACUCAUCACCUCCGUCACGCCUUGAAUAAUGGAAAAGUCGACUACCGCGAAGUGCUGGAAAAGUAUGAGAUACCCGUUGUUGCGAGCGCGUUAAAGCUAUAUCUUCUUGAAUUGCCAGACUCUCUUGUUUCUUCCCAAGUUUACGAAAUUGUUAAGACCAUCUAUUCCACGACCGCAAAUGAGACCACAGAGGAGGGACGUAUCAAGGUUCUCCAAAGCACUCUUGGUCAACUCCGUCUCAACAACAUAGCCACGCUUGAUGCCAUUAUGACCCAUUUUACACGUUUGAUAGACCUAACGUCUGCCGACGAAGCCUACAUUUCCUCACUUGCCCAAUCUUUAUCCCCUUGCGUUCUUCGUCCUCGCACAGAGAGCAGCCUUACAAUGGAUGAGCGUCAUAGCUACCGUCUGAUCCGGGACCUCUUUGCCCACAAAGAUGCAAUUUUUGGUGAACUAAAGCGCCAAUCGAGUGCUACCGGGAUGACUGGCGCAGCCCCUCGCCCUCGUGCCAUCAGCACCAAUGAAAGCAACCGCCGAGCAGCCAUGGAGGCCCGCAACCGUGCCAUUGUGGACCGCAGCCGUGCUAAUAGCCCAGCUCCUCCUCGGAAGCACCGCCGAGACCGUUCAAGCGGCCCUGAACCAGGGCGAUUCCCCAUAAACGUCUCUGGAGAGAGAAGAGCUGCCGCUGCCCGGAACAGCUUGGAUGUCCCCAACAGCGAGUCCCCGACAGGGGUUGAGGACGUUUCAAAUACCAACAUUCAUGCCGGCGAAGCCGCCACAAACGGCACCCCCGUGGAGUCCCCGGUUUCUGCUGGUCCGAGCUCUUCGUCAGACCCAUCCAGUCCGCCUCCCACGUCUAGAUCGGAUGAAUCUCCCACGCCUACCCCAACUGCCGAAAAACGCGCUUCCAUCUCCCGCUCUAGUAUUAUCUACAACCGCAAGCCAGGACUCGGUAACCGGUCUAGCUUCCCCGUUGUCCCGAGCGAGACCGGAACGGAUAGCAAGCGGAGCAGCCUGAUUGAAAGCGAACCCAAGGGCGUUACCUUAGAAGACAAGCCUAUGGAUGACUAG